UUAGCGUCAGCCAUUACUUGUCAACGAGUCGUGGCCGUGGACUGUCUGCCGGUUUUACCUCAUCUACGCCUCUCAUCAUAUUCCAACCAUGAGUGCCAAAUUGUUAGAGUACAGGGAAGCCAUAGAACGUCAGCUGCGCGACAAAAGCAAGCCAUGGACCACGACUUUCGACAAAUUGGAAUCGAAAACCGGCGUGAACAGACUGUACCUUUUCGUCGGUCUGGUGGCGUUCACCGGUUUAUAUUUAGUGUUUGGAUUCGGUGCUGAGCUGAUAUGCAACUCGAUUGGUUUCGUGUACCCUGCCUACAUGUCCAUGAGGGCUCUGGAGUCCCCUUCGAAAGAUGACGACACGAAGUGGCUGACAUACUGGGUGGUGUACGCGUGUUUCUCGGUCGUUGAAUACUUUUCCGACUUCAUCGUGGGAUGGUUCCCGCUCUAUUGGUUAAUAAAGUGCAUCUUCAUCAUAUGGUGCUACCUGCCCGGAGAACUUAACGGCUCGCUCAUCCUCUACCACCGCAUCAUCCGCCCCUACUACCAGAAGCACCAUUCGCAGAUCGACGCUGCUGCCAGCGCAGCCAGCCGCGUCGUCAAGGAUACCAUCGGGAAGACCAACUAACCGAUGCCAAAAACAAUUUCGGGAGCAAAAAGUACAAAUAUGCACCCGCUUCAUGCCGAGCUUGCAGCACAAUCACGCCAUUUAAUAUAUGAAAAUAUGUGUAGCACAGCUUAACUGUCAAAUUAAUUAUUACUUAUUGACAGGCGCCGUGUCAGCUGUGCAAGAAUAUUCUUAAAAUACAUUUCUGUAUAGGUGCUUUUUUGAUUAACUCGGCAAAAAGUUGCCGCUGUCCAAUAAGGGUCAAUUGAAUCAGAUAGUUGACGAUCACGGCUUCGAAAAAAAAAAGGAAAACACCUUAGUUUUGACCUAAAAGUAUUGUAACAUCUCGCUGGCCCAAUAUUAUAGGGUUCUGUUACAUUUUCAAGAUAGUUGAAAUUCGACUAUGUCACUAUGACAAUGUUCAAAUUUCAGUUCGAUAAAAGUGAAACAUAGAACCCUGUAAUAUUGGGCCAGCGAUCUGUUGUCCGAUUUGACUACACAAUGUUAAUUGAUUUAUUUUCCAUUUUGUUAAGGAAACCGUGUAAUAUAAAGUAGUUAAGGAUUUUUUUUUUACGAUCGUAACUUUCUUCUAUUUGUAACUUUUAUUUAGUACCUAAUCAAAUCUUUAGUUUAAUCUGUUCUUUUUGCCUGUAAGAUCUUGAUAGAAACGUUAAUGUUAAUCAUGGGCAUAUUUUUAUCGUUUCUAGAUCUCAUAACGGAAUUGAUUUAAUUUUUCCCUGUUGUAUACACAUUAAACUUUUGCUCAAGGAAUGUUAGUAGAGAACAAAUUACUCUUUCGUUACAAAAAAUGUGUUUUUAGGUUACGCAAACUUCCACAUUUGACAGGCAAACUAUACAAAACAAUUUUUCUACAUUUUGUAUAAAAAAUUUAGCAAGCAUUUACAUUAUAUUGUUAUAGUAGUUCGAAGUUAAAGCUUAGGAGUUAUAUUUUGCCAUCAAUGUUAUAAAAGUUUUUCACAUUUGCUUGUGAUCAAAUACCAUGGUAGUGUGCCUUUGAUGAUUUGGCUGUCAAAAUGUAAUUUUAUUGUAUGCACUUGGAGGGAGGAGUUUUAGUCCUGUCAUUUUUCACGUAAUAAAAACGAGUUCAUUUAUAA